CACUCUUUUGGGGCAUCGCACCGAAACCUCGGAAGGAACGCAAGGGAAGAAGAUGGGGAGAGCCCCUUGCUGUCCCAAGGUGGGGAUGCACAGAGGGCCAUGGAGUCCAGGAGAAGAUGCUCUGCUUGCCAACUAUAUCCAAUGCCACGGCGAAGGAAACUGGAGGUCUCUUCCUAAAAAAGCAGGUCUUCUUAGAUGUGGAAAGAGCUGCAGACUGAGAUGGAUGAACUAUCUGAGGCCUGACAUCAAGCGUGGCAACAUCGGGCCAGAAGAAGAAGAUCUCAUUAUCCGACUUCAUUCCUUGCUCGGCAAUAGAUGGUCUUUGAUAGCUGGAAGGCUGCCUGGUCGAACCGACAAUGAAAUAAAGAACUAUUGGAAUAGCCAUCUCAGUAAGAAGCUCAGAAAGCAAGGAAUGGAGGUUAGAGAAGGGACCUCCAAAGGUACAUCAAAACGAGCCCGGAUAUCACAAAAAAAGAGUACUGACAAUGUCAACAAUAGUAAUAACCACAACAGCAAGAGCCAACAAGACAAAAGAAAAAAGAAGAAUGAAGGGGAAGGCACUGCAGAGAUUACUAGGACCAAGAUCCAUGUUCCAAAACCCACAAGGUUCACACCAACCUUGAUGAACUGUAAUCUGAUUGAGAAUAGUAGCGUGUCUGAAAUUCCUAAGACUGAAAGUGCUACAUCAGAGGAAGAGAAAGGAGAUAUUAGCAUGGAGGAUUUGGAAAUGAAUUUGUGUGACAUCAAGGAAUGUGGCUUCUUCUUUGAAGAAGAUGACCCAAGCCAUGCUCUAGCUUUUGAUUUCCCCUCGAAAGAUGGACUACUUGAAAGGCACUUCCAAGAGUACUACGAACUCUUGAACUCAGAGGGAGAUCAGGUGCAGCUGAAUCCUUUUCCUGAUCAGUCCUUGUUGCUAUGGUGACUGAUGAGGAAGAGGAGAGAAUCGCUGUAAAGGAGAGAGAUCGCAUGCUCACCUUCUAUUCCUUCUGUAUGUAAGAAUUGCCAGCCAUAAAAUUGGCUCAUCAUGUUGUGUGAUCCUGCGGACUCUAUGCCUACUCGGUACAGUGUCAGCAUCUUCCUAUCUAUACAUCACUGUAUUUAAUGCAUCAACUGAUAUCAG